AUGAGAAAGAUUCGCACAAAGACUUCGUCAGACCACAAGCUCGUCAAGAAGUGCGAGGAGGAGACUGGACAUAAGUGUUCGAAUCCCAGAUGGCAGGACUUCAACGACUUGGCCCGGUAUGUGCCAGGCCCGGAUACGGCUUUUUUACUAGUAGACAUGCACCUCAAGUCUGGUGAAGGAAAAGCUGUUUACAUUCACGAUUCCAACGACGAGCAAGUAGAUAUGGUUGGCAUGGAGUACAAGGGGUUUACUGUCAUAAUUCCAUGGGAGGCUGGACUCAAAUUCGUUUGUUACGGACCAUGUAGAGUCGCCGAAGUUGUGGUAACCGAAGUGAGUUCUACAUGA